AAAAAUCACCACUACUUCCGGUCUUCUUUCGGUUCGGUUUUGUGUGAUGCCAUAGGAUAAAGAUGCCACCAACGAUUCAGAAACCGUCUCAUGACCGGGAUCGGAAGAGAGGAACUGGGGAAAGAAGAUCUGAGUUGGUGUGUCGAGUGAAGUACAACAAUACGUUACCUGAUAUUCCAUUCGAUCCUAAGUUUAUCACAUAUCCUUUCGAAACCAACAGAUUUAUAAACUACAAACCCACAUCACUGGAGAGAACCUACAAAUAUGACCUCCUUACAGAACAUGACCUCGGUGUCACUAUUGACCUUAUCAACCCUGACACCUACAAGGUGGACCCGACAGACUAUAAGGACCCAGAAGAUGAACGACUUUUGGAAGAAGAUCUGAACACACCUGCUGAUUCUAAAAGAUCUAGACAUCACAAUGCUAACGUGUCCUGGCUCCGGAAAACGGAAUACAUCUCCACCGAAUACAACAGAUUCACACAAAAGUCGGACAACUCUGAACGAAAAGUGGGUUUCAAGAUAAAACAGAUCAUGAAGGAUGAGGACAUGGACAUGUACAAAGAUCGGGACAGUCAGAUUGCAGCUAUCGAGAAAACAUUCGCAAAAGCCAAAGAACCAAUCACAAAACACUACAGCAAGCCUGGUGUGGUGCCUGUGGACAUUCUACCAAUGUACCCAGACUUCACGUUGUGGAAGCACCCCUUUGCACAGGUUAUCUUUGAUUCUGACCCUGCACCCAGGGCUGGUUCCUUGCCUGCACAGAUGGAGGAAAUGUCUCAAGCCAUGAUCAGAGGAGCUAUAGAUGAGAGUGGAGAACAGUUCGUGGCCUACUUCCUACCCACAGAGGAAACACUGGGUAAACGUAAACGAGACACGGAGGAGAGCAUCGACUACAAUCCUGAGGAAGAGUAUGAUUAUCUGCUAGCCAGACAGUACAACUGGAAUGUGAAGAACAAGCUGUCCCGUGGGUAUGAGGAAACCUACUUCUUUGUGUUCAGGGAGGACGGUGUUCACUACAACGAGCUAGAAACAAGAGUACGACUGAGUAAGAGGAGAAAAACAGGUGGUACCCAGGUUGCCAAGUCCAGACUUGUCGUGAAACACAGGGAACUUGCAGAGAAAGAAAUUGGAGCUCAGGACGUAAGGAUGAUGAUGCUGGAGCCCGCUCAAGAGGAGGAGGAAGAGGAACAGCAGGAGGAGAUGCAGAACUCAGGAUUAGAAGAUUUCCGCAGUGGAAGCGAGGCAGGAGAGGGAAGUGGAGCAGAGGAAGACAAGGCUAGUAACAGAUCUCGAGGCAGCAGUCGCAGUCGGAGUAGGUCAUCCAGUCAGAGCCGUAGUUCAAGUCGUAGCAGGAGUCGUAGCCGCAGUCGGAGUCGGAGUGGUAGCCGCAGUCGAAGUGGCUCGCGUUCCAGAAGUGGCAGUGAACACGGAAGUGGCAGUGACAGCGAAAGUGAGGCUGAGAAUGUACAGGGCAAGAAGGACGAGGAAGAAAUCUUCGGCUCGUCCAGCAGUUCCGAGGAAGAUUAGUUACUCAUGUGUGCAGUGGCUAAUCCAGAGACUUGUCAGUGUUAAGGGGUUCAGGUGAGAGGGUUCAGGUGGGAGGGGUUCAGGUGAGGGGGGUUCAGGUGGGAUGGGUUC